AGAAGAAUGUCGGAAGAUAUUGAAGGAAUUGAAAAAGAAGUAGAAAUUGAAUUAGGCAGAAUCAGUGUUUCUUCGUUUGGAACAGAUGAUCCUGACACAGAGGUAUCAGACGAACCCUGGAGUGACAGUGAGACAAUUUCAGAUGACUUACCAGAAUCAAUUCUAUCCUAUUUAAAUUUUAUCAAGAGCAGCAAUCAAGAUGCUGCAAAGGUUAUACUGCAGGACUUAGAAGAUGAGCGAAGUACAAGUGACAUUUAUGAAGUAGUUUCUAGCCAUCCUUCUGAAUCGAACGAAGAUUCAAAACAAUUUAAUGAAAAGAUACUGCUUGGAGGAGAAAAUGAAGACUUGCAGCUUGCUACAAAACCUGAUUAUAGUCACUCUAUCAGUGAUGAAGUGGUCACUGAUGACCACUUUCUUACAGCUGGCCUUGGAAUGAGCAUAAGUCUUGGCCAUUGUGAAGUAGAGGAAAAGUGUAGAACAGCACUUGAGCUUGAAGAUGAGAAGAUGAGUAAGUGGAAAGCUGAGAGAAAAUCAAGGGAAAAACAGAAUGAAGAGGAACAUGCAAGAAGGGUGCAGCAUCUGGAGCAAUUUGAAGCUGAAAGAAUAAAGUUAGAUCUUCUUCAUAAGAAAUGCCAGGCUGCAAUAGAAGAUGAGUUACAGAAAGAAGAGGAAGCUUGGAGAAACAAAGUGAGGCAACAUGAGGAAUUGAUCAUGAAGCUACAGUUGCAAAUAGAAGAGGAGAAAAAGGCCUUGGAAGAACAGAAAGCAAAAGAAAGACAACAACUGGCUGAACAACAGAAUAUAGCAGCUGUGAAAAUCCAAGCUAGAUUUAGAGCAUUUUUAGUCCGUAAAAAAUACGGUCCCAUUUUAAAACAAUGGAAGUAUGAAAUGAGAAAGAAGCAGAAAAUGCUAGAGGAAGUAGAGAGAGAAAUGAAAGAAAGAGAAGAAAAACUGAACAGGCAAAUGGAAGAAAACAGGUUAAAGAGAAAAGAGGAAAGAAAGAGACAAGAAGAACUUGAAAGACAAGAAUAUUUGAAGCAAGUGAGGAGGCAUGAAGAAUAUGAGAAAAAGAAAGCAAGCCUGAGAUUGGAAAGAGAAAAACAAUUGCAAAUAAGAGAAGAACAAAGAAAAUUAGAACAAAAAAGAGCAAAAACUGUGAUGAGUGAAAAUGCAAAGAAUAACACAGAAAACAUAAAAAAGGAUAAAAAUACAGAAAAUAUGAAAGUAAUAAGAGAAGACAAGGAGGAACUGAAUAAACAAGUAGAGAAACCAAAAGAAAAACACGCUGAAAUGAUGGAUGAAACAAAUAAUUGGAUGAUUCCAGCAGAAAGAAAUUUGACACCAAGUGUGCUAGGCUCUGAGAAGGAACACUCUUCUCAAGUGAAUAAUGAGAACUUACACAUUAAUUCAGUAACACAAGUAGAAGAAAAUUACUCACAAAUAAGUUAUCUUGAUAAAGCUUCAAAUGGUCAUAUUUCAAAAGAUGAAUCUCUUAACUCUGAUAAAGCUUCAAAUGAUCAUAUUUCGAAGGUUGAAUCUCUUAACCUAGGUGCUAGUGACAUGGUAGAAAAUAAGGCAAACUGCAUAUGCAGCAGCCCACCAAAUGUCCAGCCAAAUGCUAAUAACAGAGAAAUUAAAGAUCAAUUUUCUCAGUGUGAAACUAUGAAGAAAAGUUUAUUUCCAAUGGAAAAUGCUAGUGAAGGAGUCAGAGAAACCUGGGACAGUAGUCAAGAUGUAGCAGAUUCUUCUAGUAAAAUAAUUUUUCCUGAUGAUAUCGAAAAGAAGAGAAUAAACUGGAUGAACACAUGCAAAUCUUGGUUUAAAAUAUAUGAUGAAAACCAAAGAAAGCAAGCAACUAUAAGAAAAAGACUAAGGAAAAGUUCAAUUAGCAAGAUGCCUCCACUAAGUACAGAAAAGAUAAUUCAUAGUGGCCCUUGGAGUACGUUGCAGCAGGUCACAACGCUUACACUCGAAGAUUUGCCAGCUUGUAGCCUCUCAACCUUAUCUGAGUGUUCAAAUCUUCAAGUUUUGACUCUGAGGCGCUGUGGACUGAUUGCACUGGAAGGACUAAGUAACUGCAAAGACCUGAAGUAUAUCAAUGUGGAGGAGAACAACAUUCAGGUAAUUGACUGUGAAAAUCUGGAAAAUCUCUGUAUUCUCAUUCUGAAUAAGAACCGUCUUUCAUCAGUUUGUGGCUUAGAUGGAUGCAAAAAUCUCCAAAAUCUUGAACUUUCCUACAAUAGAAUCGCUCGAAUUGGUGGUCUGGAGUCACUGAAAAAUCUCCAACAAUUAAUUGCGGACCAUAAUCAGUUAAUCAGCACAAAAGGUCUUUGUGAGGUACCUACUCUCAUUCACCUAGACUGCUCUUUCAAUCAUCUCACACAAGUUGAAGGCAUUGAGAAUUGUGGCCUACUUCAAGUUCUGAAGUUGCAAGGCAAUAAUCUCCUGGAGCUUCCAAGACUGGAAAAUCAUGUUCUCUUAAGAGAACUAUAUUUGGAUGACAAUAGCAUUUCUUCUCUGAGAAUGCUUUCUUUGUAUUGGUUGCCCCUAUUGCAGAUUCUUUUGCUGUCUCAAAAUAGAUUAAUUGACCUUGUGCCUUUAAAUUCAUUUGUGUUUCUGGAAAAGCUUGAUAUCAAAAAUAACUGCUUGUCAGACCUUAAAGAUGUCCAUACCUGGUUUAGUGGCUGUCAUAAACUAAAGGAAUUGUCAUUGAGUGGGAAUCCUCUUCUCCAAGAAAAGAACUGGAGGUCUUCCAUGUUGGAGGUCCUUCCUAGUUUACAGUUGCUUAAUGGUGAAGUCUUAAUCCAUCCUACUUUACCCACAACUGAAAAAAUCAAAGCAUCAGAAUUAGGAACUUUUCUGGAACUUUGUCAAGUUCAAAUUGCGGAAACUAUUCAACUGAAAAGAAAGGCCACUGAAUUGGAAAUUGCUUCUUCUAUUGAUUCUGCACUGGGACAAUGCUGGUAUUUUAAUCAGUUGAUGAAACUUAGUAUUAAACAUCGAUAUGUACACGAGUAUGGUGAACUGAACAUUACUGACAGAGAUGGACCAGAAGCACUUCAAAAUCAUUUAAAACAAACAUCCACUGGCUGCCUACAGGAAAAUAACCUCUUUAUCAUGGGUGUGACAGAAAAUAAACAGGUCUUGUUGGAUCCUUCUGAAAGAUGGAUUACUACUGGUGAUAUUCAGGCCACAUUCAUUAACUCCUCCGUACCUGUGCAUCAGAAGGAAAAUAGAGGAGAUCAGAGAGUGAAGCAGAAGAGCACUGAAUCUUGUAUUAAUUACAGUGGGGAGAGCAAAGGCAACAAUAACAUGUCAAGCCAACUCACAUUGCAAAAGUCAGUGAUAGUAGCAAGUGAUAUGGGAAGAAAUCUCCAGCACUUUGGUGAUGAUACAGAAAGACUACAUACAGCAGCAUCCUUGAUCCAGUCCUUUUGGCGGCAGUACCAUGCUCAGAGGAAAAAUGAUUGCAGUAGAAGAGAAAAUCAUCAGUUUGUAGGAGCUUUGAGACCGAAGCAUGAAGCUGCCACAGUAAUCCAGGCAUUUUGGAAGGGUUUUCUUUUGCGAAAGAAACUGGCCAGUGCUCUUGCAGAUGUUAAAAGUGAUAAAGUGGAAGAUGAAUACGAAGAAAUAAAUGUGGAUGCUUUCACGCUUUCUGAAGCUGCAUUAGAGAAGGAAUGGCUAACUCUAGAUUCCACCCGUUUCCCUUCAAAAACACUCCUGCUCUCAAACCAGCUGCACUGGCCAAAGUUUUCUAGGCCUUCAGAUUCCAGUGGACAUUCAAAUAGUUUGCCAUUAACACCACAAGAAGUUUGGCAGUGUGCUAACAGACCACAUUCAUAUUCAGCAGAAAAAAUCCAUUUUCAUAGCAGGUCAGGGAAGGAAAUAAUGUCACAGCUUUCUAACUGUAAAGAAAAAAAGGAAUUUUUAUUUAUGUCUGAAAGAGAAAAGAAAAUAUCAGAAGAAUGGGGUUUUAAGGAUAUUUCUACUGUGCAGCUAAUGCUGAAGAGGGCCCAUAGAAUGAAACCUAAAAAAUACAGUAAUAAAAGUUUAGACCCAGCUGUGCGCCUGGCGUUGUUCAAAAACAAUGAAAAUAAACAUCUUUCUGUGAAACCACCAGGGAAGACACAGCCUAUAAAUGCUGAAUACUUUGAAGGCAAGCGUAAAGAAAUUUCUCAGCUGGAUACUACUUUAGAUGAGAAAUUACAGAGCAAAGGCUUCACAUACCAAUGGCUUCAUGCACAGCUUUUGGAUUAUGAAGCAGCCAGUUCCAGAAAUACGAAGUGCUGUCGUUUUUUGCCUAAGAUAGAUCCUGCGAUAUGUGACAAUAGACAAGUACAACUUGUGGCAAGCCCUGUAAGCAGAGAAGACAUGGAUUUAGACCUUGUUUCCAUGGCUGGUGGAAGUGCUUUGACUGAGAACAGAGAAAAAAAUAAGCCGCCACACAGACACUCAGCAAGAUCCUCAAAAAAGAAUAUUUCUACUCCAGAAAAAUCAUGUUUGGGUCCAUCUCAUAGAGAACGGAUAUCAUUUCGAGACCAUCCAGUGGAGCUAAGCGGAGGAUGGGGAGCAGGCAAAAAAAGGCAAAAGCUUAAAAAUAUUAGCUGA